ACAACUGUUGCACACAUGUCCUCCUUGCACCGGGCUUGUUUCAUAGUGUCCCUGUUGUGCUGUUACUGCUCCAGUAUGGCAUCUUGCAUUUCCUAUGACAAACUAAGAGAACUGAACCUGCAUUUUGCAGUCAGGUUGUACCAGACAUUAGUGAAUAUGGAGAACAGAACAAACCUGGUGGUGUCCCCGAGCAGUGUUGCCAGCUCCCUGGGGUUGCUGCAGUUUGGAGCCCAAGGCAAUACCUUUGCACAGAUGGAAAGCAUCCUGGGAUACAAUGUUCAUGAUGUCACUGUGCAAGACUUCAUGGAGACCAUGUUCUCAGGGUUGGCCAACUCCAGCCAGGGCACCGCCAUCCAUUUGGCUUGUGCUUUAUUUAUCCAAACAGGGACAACCUUUUCCCCUCGGUUUAUUCAAUAUGCUGCUUUAUGGGCAAACAGCAGCCUCCAGCUUGCUAACUUUAGUGAGCCCGGCAUGACUGCGACACAGAUAAACCAGUGGGUGAGCAGUAAUACAGGUGGUGAGUACCCACAAUACCUUGUGCCCAUCUCGUGCCCAUAUGCACAUGAAGCUCAUUACAUCCUUCUUUAUCUUGCUAGACUAAGAGUAUACAAGUUGUACUUGCAGCUCAUUAUAAUCUGCCAGAUGGCACUUACUUGUGGUAUACAGCCUCUGGUACCCUGUGAUGAGUUUGGCCCAGUGUUCCCACAGAUAGCGCUUGUCAGCACCAUGUACUUUAAAAGCACAUGGAAAACAAAAUUCUCUUUCACAGACACUCAGACCCUGCCAUUCAUCAGCACCGAUGGGUCGACUAUCAAAGUUCCCAUGAUGCACCAAACCGCAGAUGUCAAUUAUGGCCAGUUUGAGACUCCUUCCCUAAAAAGGUUCACGGUGGUGGAGCUGCCAUACAUCGGGAAUACAGUCAGCAUGUUUGUGGUACGGCCCUCUGAUAGAAACACGCCACUUUCCUGCAUUGAGGCAAACCUGACAUCCAAAAGCAUGGCACAGUGGGCCAACAGCAUGAAGAGAAUGAAAAUGGAUGUUUUUCUGCCCAGGUUCAGACUACAAAGCCACAGUAAUUUAAGGAACGUUUUGCCAGCCCUGGGGGCCACAGAUCUGUUUGACCCAUGGAAAGCAAAUUUUAAAGGAAUAUCAGAACAAAGCGGCCUAUACAUUUCCCAAGCCAUUCAUAAAGCAGAGAUUGAAGUGGCAGAGGGUGGUACAAGGGCAUCAGGAGUCACAGCGAUGGUAUUGCUAAAAAGAUCCCGCAUGCCCGUCUUUAAAGCAGACAGACCAUUUUUCUUUUUCUUACGACAAGCAAGCUCAGGCUCUAUACUUUUCAUUGGGAGAGUAACCAAUCCCUUAGAGUAA